AUGGAAACAAAGAUUUCCUGCAAGAAGGGAGGUGACCAUUCCUCUCUCUCCCUGCGCCUGCCACUCCUCGCCCUCGGCCUGUCUCUCCUCGCGCCGGCUGCCGUCUCCGCGCGGCUGGUCUCGUCCCCACCUGCCGAUCUCGCCUGGUUCGCCGCGUCUUCCUCGCCUCUUCCGACUGCAUCCCUCGGAUUUCUCGCCGCCUCGCCCGCCAGGGUGUUCUCCCGGUCCAUCUACCCUCACUGCGACGGCGGCGCGCGCUGCGCGAGCGAUGCUUUCCGCGCUUCUUCGCCUUCCGUUCGAGGCGCGGCUGCUGACCCAGGCGUUGCGUCGACAACAAGUUGCUCCGCCUACAAACUCACGUUCGGAGGUCCCGAAGCCGGCGAGACAGAGGGACGCGUGGCUCUUGUGACCGGCGCGAGUCGGGGCAUCGGCAAGGCUAUAGCGGACACGCUCGCGGAAGCUGGAGUUUCCCAUCUUCUCUGCGUCGCCAGGCAACAAGCAGCGUGCGACGAGGCUGCGGCGGAUCUGAGGAGUCGCGGUUUCUCAGCGAGCGGGCAUGCGGUCGAUGUGGGCGACGGACAAGCCGUCUCGGCUCUCUGCGAAGACUUACUGAAACAGUAUCCGCACAUCGACAUUCUCGUCAACAAUGCCGGAAUAACGCGAGACAAUCUCUUCAUUCGCAUGAGCGAUCAAGAGUGGCACGACGUCAUCAACACGAACCUCAACUCGGCCUUCUAUUUCUCUUCCCACAUCAUCAAGCGCAUGGUCAAAAAUAGGUUCGGCCGCAUUAUCAACAUUUCGUCUGUCAUCGGCGUCGGCGGCAACCCCGGCCAGGCGAAUUACGCAGCGUCAAAGGCCGGGAUGAUCGGCCUCACGCGAACGCUGGGGAAGGAAUACGCUAACCGAAACAUCACCGUGAACGCCAUUGCGCCCGGAUUCAUUCGAUCUGCGAUGACCGACAAGAUGCCGGAAGCAGCGAAGAAGCAAGCGCUGUCGCAGAUCCCAGCAAACCGUCUUGGGGAACCUAAGGACGUGGCCGCCCUUGCAGCUUUCCUCGCCUCCGACCAAGCUGGCUACAUCACAGGCAAAGUCAUUCCAGUGGACGGAGGCAUGCUGUUUGGCGGCAACUGA